AUGCGGCGAUAGGCACUCAGUUAACGACUUUAUGUUUGAUGGACAAUAAAUCAAAAACAUUUUCCAAUAAGAAGUAAGUUUUUUUUAAGAUUUUUUUUUUUAAUUAUGUGAACUCUACAUUAUGAUGACAUUAGUAAAGUUAACCACAGUCGUUUGUUUCCGCACAAACUAAGAAUACGCAGACCGCUUACCUACCAAACUUGCUACAUAUUUCUCAAUCAUUAAUAUCUCCUUAAUUACUCCACAUACCUACCAACAUCACACGACAAAGCCAUCUAACACCGGGCGACUACGUAAACUCAAUACCCUCACUCCGACAAAGAGAAAGUGGGCCCAUUGUCUUACCGCUCCCACUCCACGUCACUCGGCCGGUCCACUCAGUCAGCAACGACUCUGCUGCUCAAGAUGUUUUUAACCAAGUUGAGGAUAUUUUUGGUGCUUGCGCUCGUAGCGCCAUCUAUGUGCCGGCCGUACGACCCGGAGGAUGAAGACCUGAAGAGUGUGCUGCCACCUAGUGGGCAGUUUGAGGCGUUUUAUCCGCGGCAAGCGCACGAAAUACCGAAUGGGUCUUCAAGACCAGCGCAUGGGCAUGGCAGCUUCUACAAGCAUAGGAAUCCAGCUCUAGUUGAUAUAAAGAAUGCCGCGGCUUACGGGUACCGCUUUGACGGCAUGAGAAGAUUCAAUUUUGAUGAUGAUUAUGAAUAAAAUUGUAUUGGUAUUAACUAUAGUUAUGUUUUUUAAAGUCAAUAAAAAUUUGAACAUAAAAUA